AAGAAGCUCUGGAGGGAUCUCUUCCCAGAUUACCCACAAUGCUCAGAGAGUCAGAGGGAUGAGGAAGAGGUGGAUGGAAAGAACGAGGAGCAGAGGAGGCGCGCCAUAGAGGGAGUGGUGGACAUAACAAAGCUCUGCCUGAUUGAGAUGAACCAGGAGGAACUGGCUGACACACUGUGGAACGGCUCUACUGCUGUUCAGUGCCAAAAUAACUUCAAGUCUCAUCUGAAAGAAAAGUUCAGGUUUAUGUAUGAGGGAAUCGCUAAAGCAGGACAGCCAACACCUCUGAAUGACUUCUACAGAGAGCUCUUCAUCACAGAGAGAGGCAGUGGAGAGGUAAACAAGGAACAUGAGGUCAGACUGAUUGAAACAGCUUCCAGGAAACUGACCAAGGAGGAAAAUAUUAUUAAAUGUGAAGACAUCUUUAAACCCUUACCUGAACAAGAUAAACCAACCAGAACAAUAAUGACAACUGGAGUGGCCGGCAUUGGUAAAACCGUCUUAACACACAAGUUCACUCUAGACUGGGCUGAGGGCAAAACCAACCACGACAUACACUUCACAUUUCUCCUCACUUUCAGAGAGCUGAAUUUAAUGAAAGAGAAGGAGUUUAGCUUGGUUGAACUUCUUCAUCACUUCUUUAUUGAAACCAAAGAAGCAGGAAUCUGCAGAUACGACAGGUUCCAAGUUGUCUUCAUCUUGGAUGGUCUGGAUGAGUGUCGACUUCCUCUGGACUUCCAGAAGAACCCGAUCUGGAAUGAUGUCACAAAGUCCACCUCGGUGGACGUGCUGCUGACAAACCUCAUCAGGGGCGACCUGCUUCCCUCCGCUCGCAUCUGGAUAACUACACGCCCUGCGGCAGCCAAUAAGAUCCCUGCUAAGUGUAUUGCCAUGGUGACAGAGGUCAGGGGGUUCACUGACCCACAAAAGGAGGAGUACUUCAGGAAGAGAUUCAAGGAGGAGACACUGGCCAACAAAAUCAUCUCCCACGUCAAGACAUCACGAAGCCUCCACGUCAUGUGUCACAUCCCAGUCUUCUGUUGGAUCACUUCUACAGUUCUGGAAGACCACUUCAAAACAUCCAAGACAGGAAUAGAGGUGCCCAAGACCCAUACUCAGAUGUACAGCCACUUCCUGAGGGUUCAGUCCAUACAGGGGGACAUUAAGUACAAUGAAGAUGCAAAAUCAGAUCCAGACUGGAGUUCAGAGAGCAGGAAGAUCAUUGAUUCUCUGGGAAAACUUGCUUUUAACCAGCUAGAGAAAGGCGUCCUGAUCUUCUACGAGUCAGACCUGGCAGAGUGUGACAUCGAUAUCAGAGCAACCUCAGUGUACUCAGGAGUAUUCACCCAGAUCUUUAAAGAGGAGUGUGGGCUGUACCAGGACAAGGUGUUCUGCUUUGUCCAUCUGAGCAUCCAGGAGUUUCUGGCUGCCCUUUAUGUCUUUCAGUCCUUCAUCAACACUGGGGUCAAUCUGCUCUCAGAAGAACAACCAACAUCCGGGGAAGAUGAACUCCUUCUCCUCUACCAGAAGGCUGUGGACAAAGCCUUAGAAAGUGAAAACGGACAACUGGACUUGUUCCUCCGCUUCCUCCUGGGCCUCUCUCUAGAGACCAAUCAGAUUAUCCUACAAGGUCUGCUGGGACAGACACGAAGUAGUUCACAGACCAAUCAGAGUACAGUGUCUUACAUCAAGAAGAAGAUUAGUGGACAUCUUUCUCCAGAGACAAGCAUCAAUCUGUUCCACUGUCUGAAUGAGCUGAACGACCGUUCUCUAGUGGAGGAGAUCCAACAGCUCCUGACAUCAGGAAGUGUCUCCAGAAUAUCUCUCUCUCCUGCUCAGUGGUCCGCUCUGGUCUUCAUCUUGCUGACGUCAGAAGAGCAGCUGGACGUGUUUGACCUGAAGAAAUACUCUGCUUCAGAAGAGGGUCUUCUGAGGCUACUACCAGUGGUCAAAGCCUCCAAAACAUCUCUGCUGAAUGACUGUAAACUGUCAGAGAGAUGCUGUGAAGCUCUGGCCUCAGUUUUCAGCUCCAACUCCUCUAGUCUGAGAGAGCUGGACCUAAGUACCAAUAAUCUGCUGGAUUCAGGAGUGAGGCUUCUGUCUGCUGGACUGGAGAGUCCACAUUGUACACUGGAAACUCUCAGGCUGAAUGGCUGUUAUCUCUCAGAGAUAUGCUGUAAAAAUCUGGCCUCAGUUCUCAGCUUCAAAUCCUCUAGUUUGAGAGAGCUGGACCUGAGUACAAAUGAUCUGUAUGAUUCAGGAGUUAAGACGCUCUCUGCUGGACUGGGGAGUCCACACUGUACACUGGAAACUCUCAGGCUGAAUGGCUGUGAUCUGUCUGAGAGAUGCUGUGAAGCUUUGGCCUCAGUUCUCAGAUCAAACUCCUCUAGUCUCAGAGAGCUGGAUCUGAGCUUCAAUGAUCUGCAGGAUUCAGGAGUGAAGCUGCUCUCUGCUGGACUGAGGAGUCCACACUGUAGACUGAAAACUCUCAGGCUGAAUGGCUGUCAUCUGUCAGAGAUAUGCUGUGAAGCUUUGGCCUCAGUUCUCAUCACCAACUACUCUAAUCUGGGAGAGCUGGACCUGAGCCUCAAUGAUCUGCAGGAUUCAGGAGUAAAGCUGCUCUCUGCUGGACUGGGGAAUCCACACUGUACACUGGAAACUCUCAGCUUGUCUGGCUGCCUGGUCACACAGGAAGGCUGUGCUUCUCUCGCCUCAGCCCUGAGCUCCAACCCCUCCCAUCUGAGAGAGCUGGACCUGAGCUACAACCACCCAGGAGACUCAGGAGCUGCGCUGCUCUCUGCUGGACUGGAGGAUCCACGCUGGAGACUGGACACUCUCAGUGUGGAGCACGGUGGAGUGCGGAUGCUGAAACCAGCGCUAAAGAAGUAUGCCUGUGAACUCACACUGGACCCAAACACAGCCAACAGAGAACUCUCUCUGUCUGAGGACAACAGAAAGUUGACGCUGGCUAGAGAAAACCUGUCGUAUCCUGAUCACCCAGAGAGAUUUGAAUCCUAUCCCCAGGUGUUGUGUAGAGAGGCUCUGACUGGUCGCUGUUACUGGGAGGUAGAGUGGGAAGGAGAUGUUACUAUAGGACUGACAUACAGAGGAAUCCAAAGGAGGGGAGGGGAUGUUGGCAGCUGGCUUGGAAGGAACAACAACUCCUGGAGUCUUUGUUGUCAUUAUGGUGGUUACUCUGCCUGGUACAACGGUAGAGGAACUGAGAUAAGUCUCCCCCCCACUGGCUCUCACAGAGUAGGAGUGUAUCUGGACCGGCCUGCUGGCACUCUGUCAUUCUACAGAGUGUCCCCAGGUGGAGGAGGGUCCCCAGACACACUGAGACUCCUCCACACCUUCCAGUCCACCUUCACCCAGGAGGACCUCCUCCCUGGAUUUGUGUUAUUGAGUUGUGGUGUCUCGGUGACUCUGUGUCGGUUGUAGCAUCACACACA